AUGGGAAACAGCCCUGGGUCGGCUGUGGAGGAACUACAAGCUUGCGAGAGUCAUCAGUGGUACAAAAAGUUCAUGACCGAUUGCCCAUCUGGACUUCUCACCUUUUACGAAUUCAAGCAAUUAUUUGGUCUGAGGAACCUGUCGGAUACGUCCAACGCCUACGUUGAGACCAUGUUUACAACGUUUGAUAUGAAUGAUGAUGGCUUCAUUGAUUUUAUGGAGUAUGUAGCUGCUUUGAGUCUGGUGCUGAAGGGAGGAGUGCAGCAGAAGCUCCGCUGGUACUUUAAACUGUAUGAUGUAGACGGGAGUGGCUGCAUCGACCGUGAGGAGCUGCUUCAGAUAAUUAAGUCCAUACGUGCUAUCAAUGGGACUCCUUGUGAGAUUUCAGCGGAGGACUUUGCCAACAUGGUGUUUGACAAGAUUGACAUCAAUGGAGAUGGGGAACUUUCCUAUGAAGAGUUCAUGGAGGGGGUUCAGAAUGACAGCAUGCUGCUGACGACACUAACAGAAAGUUUGGACCUCACACACAUUGUGCAAAAAAUUCAAGGAGAGAUGAGGACUAACAAGUAAUACUUCCAACUGUGUGGAUCCUGAUACAUUUUUGAAUAUAACUGUGCCACAGCUGAAGAGGUGGGUUAAGGAUAACCCACAACUCAUCAGGACUAACGGAUGUGGACCAGUCUCUUGGUCAUUGUCAAAGUGCAGCACGGCAGUACUGGUUUUUACUCACAUAUUGAUGAGUCAGCAAAGACUUUCCAUCGACCCCAGAUAUUAAAGUUGCGUUUAUAAAAGGAAAGCAACUUUAACUAUCAUUGCUCAGGUGCAUCCUCUGCUGGACUCCAUCUGAAAUGAAACACUGCAUGGUUUCUGUCCAAUUUCCAUUGAGUGCCAAAAUGUCCAUUUAUUUUAGCCAUUGAAUGAUGUUGGACAUUAAAUACAUAUCUAACUUUAUGUGAUUAUGGGAAAACAACA